AUGAGUUUGGCAGGAGACCAACACCAGUCCAAGUGCUACAACGGUCUUAACAUGAAGCCUGUAAUGCUUCUCAGAUCUCAUUUAUCGUGCUUCCGUGCUUCUUUCAUCGAUGUUGUUGUCCUCACACUGGUCCCUUCACUCGCCAAGAUUGCUCACAUGGAUUUCGCCAGACUUUACUCUGUUCUCAAUCAUAUUGCUUUGCAAUGCAGAGUAACAGCAGAGACAGUGUUAGCAGAGUGGCUUGAGAGGCAGGAAGUGGCAGAUCCUGAGCAUUGGAAGCAGCUCAGUGGCAUCCCUUGCAUUACUGGUGGGUUGAUAGCACUUCUUGGCACACUCAAUGGUCGAGGUGGGAUGUUUCCAUGGAAGAAGCUAUCUGCCAUUUUAACCUGCCACGGUUACACCCUCCACCACUACCCCAAGAAUGUUCUCAUGCCCAGCAAGAGACGCCCAACACUCACCAAGAGACCUACUCGCCAAUGCCCUGAAAAUAAAUUUUAUCACCAUCCAGCAGAGGUGCCUCAAUGGGAUUUGCAGAACCUGCAUGGCCGGCAUGCAUUCCUCAAUGGUCGGACUAAUAGGAAGGGACUUCCUCAUGUCAAGAUGGCUGAAACAUCUCCAGAGCCAUCCUCAGAGACAUCUGUUGUGCUGUCUCUGCCUGUGCCCUCUCGUCAGCUUCGUCGGCGAAUACUACAGGUAUUAUCACCUGAGGAUUCUCCUGUGCCAUCUCCCAUACCCUCUCAUCACCAUUCUCCUGCGGUGUCUCCUGCACCUUUGCAUCGUCCAAAGGUGCAAGUAUUUGUUGAGUUACCCCACGCCCCUCCCUCCUGGAGGUUGAAAGCAACACAGCAGCACUCUUCACCUGUCAGUAGACCAGAAACCAACAUGCUCAUCCCACAGAUAAACUACCUCUCUCAGCUUUCAGUGACUAUGGAUGGCAUUUUCAAUGAGGAGGAAGAAACUGACAAGGUGCUCACCUGGCUUACAGCGACUGUGGCUAUGAACAAUGAGGAAGAAGAAGUGAUCGGGCUUGUUGGGUCUCUGAGUGAAGUAGCUGUAUAA